GAAAGAUUUGCCAUACCUGCAACUAAUGGUUGAAGUUCUUCUUGACCUCGUUAACUGCUUGUAAAAGUUUAAGUUUCUCAAUUUCAUUCUUAGAAGUGGUUGUUGUUCUUUGUGUGUUUCCAGACACUGCCAGUGGGUUUACCUUCAUGAUUUCUAGUAGCUACUAACUUAUAUUUGUUGUUUUCCUUGAUCAUGUGUUGGUUGGUGACCAGCUAGUUGUAGUCGAUGUUAGAUUCUUCAGUGUAAUGAAAAAGAAGAUGGACUUCAUGUGUUGCUCCACCAGUGCACAUGUUGAGGUGUAGGUUGGCCUUGUAACCGCUGCUUUUGAAGAAAAAAUCAUUUUGCUGAAGAUAGCAUUUGUUCAUUCCAGUCCGAGGGAAGUGCUCAUCGCGGUAGACGGCAGGCAGCCUCGAUGGAUGCGUAAGUCUUACAUGUAUUCGUACGGCGCAAGACAAUUUCAUCGUGAAGAGCUGGUACGCCAACACUUCUAAGACACUUCUUGCCACCAUCAACCGCAUAGACUGACCACCGAAGACAAAAAAUGGAAGGCUUAAUCGCAGACGUCGACUUGCGCUUCGUCUUCGUUGGUGGCAAAGGCGGCGUCGGAAAGACAACGAGUAGUGCGUCGCUUGCGACGUGCUUCUCACAGCGUAGCGAUUAUAACCGAGUGCUAUUGAUAUCGACCGAUCCCGCACACUCACUAGGCGACGCAUUUCAGCGGCAGUUUCCGAAGGGAAACCCUACGAAAGUUAGCGACACAUUGGACGUACUGGAGGUGGAUCCUGAGUCAAGCUUGGAAGAAGAGGUACUUGCGAAUUUCUUGAUAAUUAUUGUGCGACACGUACACCACCACUGUCGUUUGAUGCUUACAAAGGACGAAAUUGCUACCCCAAUUUACAGUGGGGGGUAUGUUCAAUUUUUCAAAUUUACAUGCAAUAGCUGAUUGGACCACUCUACUGACGAGGCCUUCACAUGAAAAAUUCUAACCCCAAUCGCAGGUGCAGACGCUUUCAAAUUUUCAGAAAUCGGUGGUCUUUUGGAUAUUGGUCUUCAACACUGGACUGUUUUGUUGUAGUCUCCCACAAAAACAAUUCCUAUGCCCGGAUUUUAGUCCCCCGCAAAACAAGUCCUAUUCCAAAGUCAAUCACAAUCACAGUGAAGUCUUCCAAAUCCAACCAGGACCACUCUACUGACGAGGCCUUCACAUGAAAAAUUCUAACCCCAAUAGCAGGUACAGACGCUUUCAAAUUUUUAUAAAUCAAUGGUCUUUCGGAUAUUGGUCUCUAACAAAAAUAUUCUUUAUAAUGAUUUUAGUCCGCCACAAAAACUUAUAAUGAUUUUAGUCCGCCACAAAAACAAGUCCUAUUCCCGGAUUUUAGUCCCCCACAAAGGACCACUCUACUGACGAGGCAUUCACAUGAAAAAUUCUAAGCCCAAUUGCAGUCGCUGACGCUGUCAAAUUUUCCAAAAGCAAUGGUCUUACGGAUAUUGGCCUUUAACAAAAUCCGAAGAAAACGAAAACUAUUCCAAAUUCAAACACAAACACAGCGAAAAUCCGAAGAAGACAAAAACUAUUCCAAAUUCAAUCACAAACACAGCGAAUUCUUCCAAAUCCAACCAGAUAGCAGAAUGGACGAAGUUGAUGCAGGAUAGUGGGAUGGCGGACGCCGCUGGACAGAUGGGCGAGUUCCAGGACUGGCUCAGGCAGAUACCAGGAAUCGAUGAAGCUACAGCGAUAUCCAAUGUCAUUUCCUUCAUCGAAGAGGAUCGAUAUGACGUCGUCGUCUUCGACACAGCGCCAACAGGACACACACUGAAACUGCUGCAAUUGCCAAAGGUUGAAAAAUUUGAUUCAUACUUAAACUUAAUGUAAGCAUACUAACAAACUACUACUAGAUUCAUUGCCCCUUGUGGAUUACAUUUAGACAUGCGAAAAAGUAGCUACAAAAGUAGAUUGAAAUCUGACUCCUGGACCACGACCUAAUACAUUUCAGGGACACGACAAUAAAGACAAUAAAAGUACUAAUAGUAGAAACCACCUCCACCUCAUCGUCAUCAUCAUCAUCAUCAUCAUCAUCAUCAAAAAAUGAGCACCUGACCACAAAAAUCAGAUCCUAUCACAAGGCAUGGAGAAGUUACAAUCGUGGUCUAGCACGUUGUGGACCUAUUGGGAGGUUUUACAGGGUUCCGGUUCGACAGCUGUAGAUUGCAGGCAUGGGAUGGAGACUCGACUCACGGACUACAAAAGCAGCAUGGACAAUUAUGAAUGCGCUCAAAGCACUAAAUGAAACAACCGGUUAGUUUUUACCUCUAGCGUGUAGCCCUUCAAAGAGCAUAUUACAUCACAGGAGGAGGCGUCACGACGUGACAUGUUGACCCAUGGGAGGUAUCAUGACAUGACGUGUUGACCUAUGGGAGGUAUCAUGACAUGACAUGUUGACCUAUGGGAGGUAUCAUGACAUGACGUGUUGACCUAGGUAUACUUGAUCCUUCUAAGAAAAAGUUUCACGGAUGCUGGACUAAGUACUCAAAAGACAACUACGACUCUGUUAAUACAGCGGUGAGGUGUUAGUACAUACAGUAGGACUAGGAAGAUACCAACAAAUAUUAUAUCACAGGAGGUAUCAUGACAUGUUGACCUAGGUAGACUUGAUCCUUGCAUAAAAUAUUCAUCAUCCAUAAAAUUCUCGGUUGUAAUAUUAACGCCAAAGGAGCCAUCUCUGUGCUUUCUAAGAAAAAGUUUCACGGAUGCUGAAGGACGAGCAUAGAACGCAGUUUGUCACGGUUUGUAUUGCUGAGUAUUUGAGUGUGAUGGAGACAAAGCGCCUGAUGGAAGAAUUAGCUGAACAGGGUGUGCGCAGUGGUUUUGUCAUCUGUAACCAGCUACUGCCCGUCUUGGGGUAUGACCCAAGUGCGCGCGGCGAAGAGAGCAGAGCGUUGUCCUUGAUCAACGCGCGCAACCAAAUUCAGAAGAAGUAUCUCGCGAUGCUGGAGCAGAUACCUAUGGUGAAGCAUGUGGUGAAAGUGGAGUUGCAAGAUAGGGAAAUUACCGGGUUGCAGGGAUUAGGUAUCGCUAUAUUAUGACCGAGAAAUAAUGUGUGAUAAAUAAUUUGUACAUCCGGGUUACAGGGACAAGGUACCUAAGUAAGAAGUAUCUGUCUUUCUGCGCUAGAGUUCCGGUUACACCAGUUUAUUUAUUGUGGUUCCAGAGCAGAUGACGGAUAUGGAUGUUCUGCUAGUAUAAAUGAAGGUGAAGAUGUAUCAUGCGUCAUCAUCAAUACCUUUUUACAGCUGUCUUCGCGUCCAUGCUUAUGCGGGGACCGGCGUCAGAAUUGCAGACAUUUACGCGUUUCGCGGACGACCCUUAUGGCGGGAGAAAAAACCUAUAUCCCGAGUUAGACGCUACAGAAAAAAUUUUCCCAAUCGGGCUCACAGUAGAGGUAUUCGGCCUGGGGAAGACACCACAAUACAAUGGCGCCAGUGGAGUCAUUCGAAGUUACGACGAAACGACUCAAAGGUACAUGAUAAAAAUGUUGAUAUUUCUCGAAACAGCAUGAUGAUGAAAAAAUUAUAUUGAGAAGACAACUUGAACUUCGUUCAAGCAAAUAAUAGCGUCAUGAAAAUUCUCCUGAGCAAGAUCCCCAAGAAAUCUGGACCAAAAGUUGCUUGUCGGAUUAAAUUAGGUUCUUGUGUUAGAUCGAUUUCGAUGCUCUAUGUUUUGACUACAGAUAUGGCGUUUUCGUGGAGCAUUUACCAACGCAAAUGGGCAUUAGGAAGCUCCUCGCACUCAAGCCAGCCAACAUUCGUUCUUACCAUGGUAGCGCAGCGAGUCGCGGAACUGGAAGUACUAGCGGCUCUGGAGGACAGAAGAAACAGCAUCAGCUGUUAGAAGAUGCGGCUGUGAAAGAGUACCUGAAAGACCCGAAGAUCUGGAAUGCGUAUAUGGACGUGAAAAAAGACCCAGCGAGGAUACGGAACUACCUUGAGGACCCAGAUGUCGCAGGAAUAUUGACGGACAUGUCGAAAAAGAUUCAAAACUACCAGAAAAUGUGUGGAGCGUGA